AUGGAGGAGCGCAAUGAAGGGGAAAAAGCAGAGGAGCUAAUGCUGCCUGGCUUCCGUUUUCACCCAACCGACGAAGAGCUUGUUGGGUUUUACCUCAAAAGAAAGGUUCAACAAAGGCCUCUGCUCAUAGAACUCAUCAAGCAAAUUGACAUUUACAAAUAUGAUCCAUGGGAUCUUCCAAAGUUGGGUGGUAGUGGAGAAAAAGAGUGGUAUUUCUACUGCCCUAGAGAUAGAAAAUACAGGAACAGUGCUAGACCAAACCGUGUCACUGGAGCUGGCUUCUGGAAGGCCACUGGAACUGACCGCCCCAUUUACUCCUCUGAUGGAACCAAGUGCAUUGGGUUGAAGAAAUCACUUGUUUUCUAUAAAGGCAGAGCUGCUAAAGGUGUCAAAACUGACUGGAUGAUGCAUGAGUUUCGUCUCCCUUCCCUCACUCAUCCUUCUCCCACUAAGAGAUUUGUUGAUAAAUCUAUUCCCCCAAAUGAUUCAUGGGCAAUAUGUAGGAUAUUCAAGAAAACAAACUCCACAGCUCAAAGGGCUCUAUCUCUAUCUUCCAAUAUCCCACCUUUAUGUGACAAUGCUUUCACCAAAAAUGACACAUUUUUCCCCACAAAACCCACUUUGCCCUAUUUCGAAACCCUAACCCAAUCUUCCAUUUCCAACGCUUACCCUUUUGACUUUGUUGGUUCAUGUAAGCCAUUCAGCACUCAAACAACCAAUACAUUCGCCCAUCUCCCCAUUUUGGCUGAGCCAUCACCCAACGCCACAGAGCAAGACAAAUCCAGAGUGGACCUCUCUUCCAUUUUGCUAAACAUGUCAUCAUCAGUGCUUGGAGAGUUUGGGAUAAAGCCCAUUGCAGACACCAUAGACUUGCAUGCAAAUCAACAGUUCAUAAACAAUUAUCCACAACCCUUUUCACAUGAGAUGCAAGCAGGUGGUGACCAGUUUGGGGCCAUGAUGAGAUCCAGUGUUGGGUGUCCUUUUGUAUGGGAUUCUUCUUCUUCAUGCCCUAGCGAAGUAUCCACCACCACUAAUUGCUAUACCUGA